GGGUCGGCUUCCCUCUCCCUCCUCCAACUGGACUGGACUAGACGGACGCCUCCGCACGCAGCAGCGGCAGUAGCAAACAACGGCACGAUAAACAACACGAAACAAAAAUCUCCCAUAUAAAUCGCCAUUUGGGCGGGCUCCUCCCCCGCUUCUCGCCGCCCCGCCUAGUGAUUGCCCCUGCCGGAGGCGAAGGGGAGCCGGAGCCCCCAGUCGCAAUGCCGGAGGCGGCGACGCGGGCGCCGGACCUGGAUCCGGCGGCGGCGGGCGAGGAGGCGGAGCAGGAGGAGUUCUACGAGUCGCUCGAUCGGAUCCUCUCCUCCUCCUCCUCCUGCUCCUCCGCCUCCGCCUCCGACGACGACGCUGACUACCGCCGCCGCAGACGCCACCACCACCACCCGCCUCCGCACGCGUCCUCUUCCGCGUACGACGUCUGGAUCUCCGAGCCCACCUCCGUCGAGGAGCGCCGCCGCCUCCUGCUCCAACGCCUCGGCCUCUCAUCCGAGCCACUGCCGCCUCCCUCGCCGCGUCGCUCCCCGCGUUCGCCGUCCCCUUACACGUCUCCCCCCUCCUCGCCUCCGCCCUGGCCGGCGUUGCUGGAGGCGUCUGUGGAGGAGCCCAGAUCCGCUGGGCUCGGGAAGCCGCCGCUGGCGCGGAACCCCAGCGCCGGCGGCGGGGAGCAAUGCCGGAUCCGGAACCUGGACGAUGGAACGGAGUUCGAGGUCGGGGAGGUGCAUGAGGAGGUGGUACGGGAGGUGGGUACUGGCCGCCAGCUCACCUUCGAGGAGUUCGAGCUCUGCGUUGGCCGCUCCCCAAUCGUGUGCGAGCUCAUGCGCCGGGCAACAACCACCACGUCCUCGUCCACCUCAGAACACGCCGCCCCUGCGUCCAAGCCCCGGAGGAAGCCUGGAGGCUGGCUGCGCGGCAUCAGGCACCUGGCGGGCAGUGUCGCGUACGGGCGCCGCAGCACCGAGGAAGGGGAGAAGGAGAAGGAGAAGGAGAAGAAGGAGAGGGAAGCGCGGCGCCUGAGCUCUGCUACCGAUGACAGCCUUGAUGGCACCGGCUCGCGCAAUGCGGGGAGGAUCCGGGUACGGCAGUACGGGAAGACAUGCAAGGAACUCACCGGCCUGUUCAUGACGCAGGAAUUGGCUGCCCACUCGGGCUCUGUGUGGUGCAUCAACUUCAGCUUGGAUGGACGAUACCUUGCAACUGCUGGGGAGGACCGUCUGAUCCAUGUGUGGGAGGUGUCGGAGGGAGAGAGAAAGGGUGAGUUUCUCGGGGAAGCUUCGGUGACAAAGGAGAAUGGUGGUGGCUGUAGCCCGUUUAUUGCUGUCGUUGGGAAUGGCUCACCGGAGAUUGCAGCACUGUCAUCGACCUGCGCUGACGGGGGCUAUGUGGAGAAGAAGAGUAGACCGAGGAAGCAGAGCAAUCGGAAGUCUGUGGGGUCUGAUCAUCUAGUUGUGCCUGAGUGUGUGUUUGGUUUCAGAGACAAGCCUCUUUGCUCACUCCUGGGGCAUGCCGCUGAUGUCCUUGAUCUGUCAUGGUCCAAAUCCCAGUACUUGCUCUCAUCCUCAAUGGACAAAACGGUUAAACUCUGGGACAUUACUACCAGUACCUGUUUGAAAACAUUCUCACAUACAGACUAUGUGACUUGCAUCCAGUUCAAUCCUGUAGAUGAUAACUUCUUCAUUAGUGGAUCACUGGAUGAGAAAGUUCGCAUCUGGAAUGUCCAAGAUCGUAAGAUUGAGGAUUGGAAUGAUCUUCAUGAGAUGGUUACCGCUGCUUGUUAUUCCCCUGAUGGACAGGUUGCACUGGUGGGUUCUCACAAAGGAAGCUGUCAUAUAUUCGAUACAUCUGAGAAGAAGCUUCAAUACAAAAGUCAGAUUGAUUUAAGAAUCAGGAAAAAGAAGUCUGGCCAGAAGAAGAUAACUGGCUUCCAGUUUGCUCCUGGAAGCUCCUCGGAAGUUCUGAUUACUUCUGCAGAUUCAAGAAUCCGUGUUGUUAAUGGCGAUGAAUUGGUUCACAAAUUUAAAGGGUUCCGCAACACGAGCAGCCAAAUCUCAGCUUCUGUAGCUCCGAAUGGGAAAUAUGUAAUCUGUGCAAGUGAGGACUCCCAUGUCUAUGUCUGGAGACAUGACAACAGUUCCUACCCGAGCAGGAGCAGGAGUGCAGUUGAUGUAACCAACUCAUAUGAGCACUUCCACUGCCAUGACGUGACUGUAGCUAUCACAUGGCCCGGUGCUGAAGCCAGAAGUUCGUUUGGAUCUCGUAGCAGCAGACACAGUGAUGCAGAUGAAGCAGUGAACUCUGGCCGAGACGUCCCUGUAGACAACACUGAGCACAAUUCGGAUGCGGCUGAUAAUAGAUACAAUGAGAGCCCAGUUUGCGAAGGUGUGAGCAGAAGCGGCAGAAAACAUCCAGUUGAUGGAGCAUCCACAUCCUGGCCUGACGAAAAAUUACCCUCUGCCAAGAGCAGUCCCGGUCACUGCUCAUCCGAUAUUUGCAUUGGAGCUAUGGAUGUUCAGCGCCGGUCAGCGUGGGGCUUGGUGAUUGUCACUGCUGGACGGGGAGGCGAAAUCAGGGUGUUCCAGAAUUUUGGCUUCCCAGUUCAGGUGUAAAGCUAGUGUGAUUACGCAGAGUUGUUUGGUUCAUUUACUGUAUAGAUCAUAUCGUUAGUUCUUUAACGGUUGUCCUAGGGCCUUUUACUAAAAGUUCUUUUUUUUUCCUUCUGUUUCGCUGUCUGGUUGGAUGCUUCAAGAGCUCACUUCAAACCACACUAUCAUUCUCACUGUUGAUACAAAGCUUUGUGCACCCAAUACCUUUAUUUGUUCAUAUUUUACUUCUUUCCUUAUACAGUGACAUACGAAGAUGUUUUC